UGUGAAGGUUUUUAGGGUUUAAGGUUUUUUGACGCCACCAAACCAAACUAGGUCUCUCUCUCUCUCUCUCCGCUCUCCCCGCUAAUUGAUUUCUCUCUCAUCUAUAAAUAUUUAUCCCUGCGAAAAAGCCAAAAGCCAUGAACAACUUUUGCUCAGCAUCAACAACAAUUCUUCCCUUUCAGUUUGAACAUGGUUGGUUUCUUGCGCAGUCCCGCCAUUGAAGGACCUUCAGAGGAGGACGAGAAAUUUCAAACUUUUUCGGAUUCGAAGAACUCUCUUGACCACCUCCCUCUCCCUGAGAUUGAAGAUUCUUUUUUCGACUUCGACUCCGCUGCCGAUUGGUGUUUCCAAGGUAAUAUCGACGACCCUAAAAUGGCUGCUGAUUUGGGAGAUAACCCUGUUGAUUUUAGCUCGAUUGACGGCGAAUUUACUGAUAUUUUUGAAGUUGUUGAUAAACAUGAAGUUGUUGUAGACGAAUUGAGUGGGAAAGAAGAGGGAGAAACUGAGAGUAUUAAAUUGGGGGAUUUAAUUGAAAAAGAGAUGGAGAAAGUUAGGUUAGAUGGGGAUGAUGAUAAUUUACAACAAGCAAGUGUUGUUAAUGAAAUCAAGAACGAUGAAAUUGAUGAUGAGAGUGGUAGUGAUGAAGAUGAAGAUGAAGAUGAAGAUGAGAGUUCUUCAUCUUCUUCGGCUGAUAGUAGUAGUAGUAGUGAAGACGACGAGGAAGAAGAAGAUGAAGAUAUCGGUGAAAAGAAAUCGAACAAGGAGAAAGCCGUUGUUGAUAAAGAGGAAGGUGAGAUAUUGUUAUCCGAUGAUGCCGAUGAUAUGGUUAAUUGGAGUGAUAAUGACGAGGAGGACUUUGUUGGAACUGCUACUGUUGGCCCUAUCAUGUCUAAAAACGAACUCAAGGUUCUUCCUCCGGUUCCUUCUGUUAGUGUGAGCUUGGAACCGCAUCAUCAACCCCAACCGGUUGGAAUUAUUUUGUCGGUAAUUGGUGCCCAAGUGGUUGUCGAAGGUGUUGAGAAGCACAAUCCACUAAACGAGGGUUCUAUUCUUUGGAUUACCGAAAGUAGAUCGCCGCUUGGUAUAGUCGACGAAAUCUUUGGUCCCGUCAAGAAUCCGUACUAUAUAGUUAGAUACAAUGAAGAGAGUGAAGUCCCUAAUGGAAUCCAGCAAGGCACUUGUGUAUCUUUCGUUCCAGAGUUUGCUAAACACGUGCUCAAUGAAAAGAGUCUGUACCAGAAAGGGUACGAUGCAUCUGGUGAAAACGAUGAAGAGCUGUCGGACGAUUUGGAAUUCUCGGAUGAUGAGAAAGAGGCGGAGUAUAGGAGGAUGAUUAAAAUCAAGAAACGAGGUGGAGCUAAUGAAUCUAAUAAUAAUAAUAAGCCUGCUACAAAAAGAAACGGAAAAAAGACGAACGGGAACUUUAACCGUAAUAAUAACAGAGAUCCUCCUCCACCACCACAAACUCAUUCUCCGAUGAAUCAAGAAAAUAGCAUCAGACAGGAUUUGUCUACAGUUCCUCACAGUGGUGCUGCAGUUCCUACAGUUGCUCCUCAAUUUCCGCAAUUUCUUCCGCACAGCGGUGCCGCAGUUGCUCCUACAUUUCCGCAGUUUCCUCAGGGGCCUGGUUUUGUUGCGCCCGACGGAAUGUGGAAUAACGGGUUUCCACAUCAGCAGCAGCAAAAUAUGGGGAUUCCAAACGGACUAGCGGCGGCGGCAAACGGUAUGAUGUGGAUGCAGCAGAAUGUACCAUAUCAAUUAUAUCAAACUCCUAUGCAAACAAACAUGGCGUUUCAACAGCAAAUGAGUGCGAUACCAGGGUUUCCCUUAAACUUUAAUGCAAAUUUUGGCGGGAAUGCGACACCUGGACAAUGGCCAAUGCUAAAUCAACAGCAGUUUGGAAUGGCUGCUUUCCAGGCGCAGCAGAAUAAUGCUUCUUCUGCUAUGCCUUUCAAUGGAGGUGGAGAACAACAACCGGUUCAAUCUCAGGGUUCUCAGAUUAAUCCUAAUUUCCAGCAGCAGCAGCAGCAGUCUCCUUCGACUUUGCCUUUCAAUCAAGGCCGUGGUGGCGGUGGCGGUGGUGGUGGUGGUGGUGGUGGUCGAGGAAGAGGGCAGCACAGAGGUGGUGGACGUUUCGGUGGCGGGAGGGGCAGGUAUCAAAGCCGUUAAACGGUUAUAUAGUGUUUCUCUUGAGUCUUGUAACAACAGACUUUCUUGAGCACGUAAGUUACAUGAGUAGUUCCUCUAGUUUUCGACCGGUCCCAUUUUCCUUUUCCAUAGCAUUUUUGUUUAAUGUUUAUUUAAUUUUAUAAUGUGUAAUAUUACUUUUGUCGUUGCGGUUUUGAGGAUAAUAGUCUUUCGAUAUAUGGCUCGUGGUUUUUUAUU